CUCGUCUAAUGCUUGUCGGUUUCUCUCUAUUGAUAGUCAUUCUAUUGUUGUAUUGGCUAUCUCUUUCUAAUAUCAAGUGGUUGAGAAGGAGGGUGGAGCCCUCCACUAACUAUAAUUUGGUUGAGGAGAAUAAAUUAAUAUCAACUGGUUGUAGUAAUGUUUUUCAUUUGUUGCUGAAUGGCAACAUUCAAGACAAACUGAUUAGAGGAAGGUUCGAUCCACAUGUGGAUGUUAUGUUGACAAGACAGAGAAGAGAAGUGUCUAUGGAAGCAGAAAGAUGGUGGAAAUCAAUACAACCACAAAAAAUUGAAAAAUCACUUCGUCAAGCCAUUGACGAUGUCUCUACUGUACUGCCUCUAGACGAUCCCUUUCAUCAUAGUGACAAUCGUUGUCACAGAUGUGCAGUAGUUGGCUCUUCUUAUAAUCUCAUCAAGUCACGAUACGGCUCACUCAUUGACUCAAAGGAAAUUGUGAUCAGAAUGAAUACGGCUCCUGUGGUUGGAUAUGAGGUUGAUGUGGGCUCGAAGUGUACACAUAAUAUUGUGUAUCCCGAGAGCUCGUGGGGAUAUCAGAAUGUCUCUGCAAGUGGGAAGCUGCUACUCGUACCAUUCAAGAUGUUGAAUUUUGAUUGGCUGAUUAGCAUAUUUACAACACACAGUAUCUCGUGGGGAUGGAGAAAGGUUCCUACUCACUUGGCACUGUCUCCAAAAGAUGCUGCAAUAUUGCAUCCAAAUUUUGUUCAUUACGUACAAACUGAGUGGCUACAGACAAAUGGUCGUAAGCCAUCUGCUGGCAUGCUGGCUCUCAUUCUAUCUCUUCAUGUCUGUGAUGAGGUUGACGUUUUUGGCUUUGGUCGUAAUCAGUAUGGCAACUGGCAUCAUUAUUAUGAUAAAAACGAAAACAAAAACGUCGAUCCUUUCAGACGUACCGGAGUACAUGAUGCUGAAACUGAAGAGGCGGUGAGAAUGGCUUUACACAAAGCCGGUGUGAUUCGAUUUCAUGCAGGAAGGACUUGACUUUAGUGACUGUAUUUAAUAUUUAUAUAUAA